AUGAGUCGUCACAACAUGCGUAACAAAUCAUGCAGUCAAAUCGUGCAAGAGCGCGAGACCUACGAACUGAAAGCAGCAGAAGCUUUUCAAAGACUGGAACAGCAAGUCAAGUCCAUGGACGAGAAUCGCAAAUUGCUCACUCAACAAUACCAGAAUGAGCGUCAGCAGAUGGUUCGGGAAAUGGAUGCGAAUCAGAUUCCGCAAGGCGAAAAUCCGCGCAUUCAACAAGUUCAGUUGCUGGAGCAACAAGUGGAUGAUGCGAAUGAACAAUGCUCGAUGAUGGAUUCGCAAAUGCAUAUGCUGCGUUCGACACAUCGCGAGCUCCUUCGUAGAUUCAAGAGAGAACUUGCUAAGGCGGAACUCAUGGAGCAACAGGCUAAUGUUAAUGCUUUUGCGGCGCUCUCUAUACAACCUGUACAACCUAUACAACCUGAGGACACCGUGAUGCAAGAAUAA